AUGUCUCAACUAAGUCUCUAUCCUCUGUCGAAGCCUGUGGCGCUGUUCGAAGAGUUCAUUGCAACCCAGCCGCAGACAUUAGUCUUGAAAGAGAGAAUUUUCUCUCUAACUGGCGACAGCUUCGAAAUUAAGUUCGACAAUGGAGCACCAUUUUUGAAAGUGACUGGUGCCUGGCCAUCCUUUUCUGGGCGCAAGAAAGUCGAAGACAUGCGAGGCAAUCACCUGUUUGAUAUUUGCAAAGAGCAUAUGCAUAUCCAUACCACAUAUGUGAUGAAGGAACCCGAUGGAAACAAGAUUUGUGAAGUCAAGAACAGUCAUAAAAUAAUCGGAUCCAAAGCCACCACCACCUUCACCGACCCUGGUGCCAAUGAAGUGACCUUGACCAUGAGCGGAAACUGGAUGGACCACAUUGCCAAUGUUGUCGAAGAACAGACUGGUGAGACUGUGGCUCGUAUUUACAGGAAGCUUUUUACUGCUCGUCAUAUGGUCUUUGGGAAAGACAAUUAUAGUGUGAUUGUGGCACCUGGUGUUGACAUGGCACUUAUCGCUGGAUUGUGUAUCUGCUUUGAUGAGAAAAACAAUGAUUAG